AAUCGAGAUAGGAUGAAAUAUAAAAAUAACAUAACCUGAAAAUUAAUAUUGACAAUAUUUGAAUCAUUUGUAAUAAUAACACGUGUUAAUAGGUGUACACUUUAAUUAAUACGCGAAUAUGAAAAACAAUAUUGACAUGGAAGAUUCAGGACCACCCACUAAAAAACUAAGGGUGGAAACAAAAUCAACCAACAAAGAUUCCUCCCAGAAUGGAUCUAAGUUUAAUAAAAGUGAAAAGACAGGGGGACCGACCCAUCUUAAGAAGGCCAAACCUAAAAAGUUGUUACCUAAUGGUAAAGGUAAAUUCGGUAAGAACAAACCAAAUCCGGAAAAAGUUGAAGAUUGGACAGAAUUCAAGAAAAAGAAGAAGGAAUUGAAACUGAAACGUAAGCAAUCCAAAGACAGUUUCGAUGUAAUUGUUAGAGCGAAGAAAAUAGGUGAAGAAUUGAGAAGGAAAACACUGAAAGGGGGAGAAGAGAAGCGUACCCACUUAAUGAAUGAACUGCACAAUCUAUUAAAAGGCAAAGAACUUUAUCCAAAAUUUGUUUUAGCACAUGAUACUGCAAGAUUAGUUCAGUGGCUAUUGAAAUAUUCAACAGAUUUAGUCAUCAAGCAAAUAUCAAAGGAACUCAUUCCAGUUACUGUGGAUAUGCUUCAGUCUAAAUAUGGCGUACAUUGUGUAAAGAGAUUAUUAAAAUAUGGCAGUUCAGAAACUAGGUCUCAGGUAAUAGACGGCAUGUUGGGAAAUGCUGUGAAAUUGGCAAGCCACGCUGUUAGUGCCUCUGUAGUAGAAUAUGCAUUUUCUACAUGGGCAAGUCCCACUCAAAAACAGUACCUUAUACAAGAAUUUUAUGGAGAUCUUUACAAAAACGCUAAAGAUGCCAAUGUAAAACAUAUACGUGAUGCAUAUAAAAAUAAUGAAAGCUUGAAGUCUGCGACUUUAGGAGCAACUAAAGCAAAUUUGAUGAGGAUUUUGAACAAAUCGUUGUUAGACUCUGGAUUAGUUCAAUCAGUUUUAUGUCAAUUCCUCAGUGAGUGUUCAGAAGAUGAUAGGAAGGAAAUGAUAACACAGUUGGCACCACACAUUGUUGUGAUUAGUAACAGUAAAGAUGGAGUUCGGGCAGCUAUGCAGUGUAUAUGGCAUGGGUCGAAUAAAGAUAAAAAGGUUAUCAUAAAAGCACUCAAAGAACACAUCAUUGAGUUAUCGAAACAUGAGCAUGGACAUUGUGCAGUAAUAACCCUCUUGGAUUGCAUGGAUGAUACAGUUCUACUUCACAAAAUCAUUUUGGUUGAUAUAUUGAAGAAUGCAAAAGAUUUGGCUGUAAAUGAAUGGGGUCGGAAGGUGUUACUUUGGUUAGUGGCACCAGGCGAUUCAACAAUUUUCCAUCCACUUUUUGUGAAAGAACUCGAUCAAGGAAGAAACAUCGCAACCUGCAAGAAACCUAUUGAACUUAGGAGAAGCGAAAUUUUGGGCUAUUCAAUAAAAAUUUUAUUGGAUCUUGUAGCAAAUGAUGUGCAGUUUUGGUUGUCAAAUGCUUCACUAGCAAUUGAAAUGAUUGCCAUACUCAAAUCAGCUAAUGGUCCUGAUUUGGAACUCGAAAAAGCUUAUAAUAGUAUAGUUGAUGUUAUUUCCAAUCCUGAUUGGAAAAUUAAGGAAACCGACAAAGAAACUCUUGGUAUAGAACAUGCUGGUAUGCAUAUGUUACUGAAAAAAUUAGCAAAACAUGACAACGAUUCAACUGUUACAAAAUAUGUAACUUUUGGGGAAUGUUUAGCGAAAAAAUUGAAUGAUGACAUGUUGAAAGUAUGGUUGAAACUAAACAGAGGUUGCUUUUUACUGAUAGCAGUUUUUGAAAGUGGAUCGGAAGAAACACAAAAUGUUAUGAAAUCAGCGUUGAAGAAGCAACUUAAACUCUUGAAAAAACAGAGUACUCCUGGGGCCAAAAUAUUAUUGAAUAAGAUUUAAUUAUUUAUUAGUUACUAAAAUAAAUUUUAUUGAAAUGAAA